AUGGAGGAGUCACUGUACCUCAAUAUUACUCUCAACAGUACGCUCAACUUCACACUGCCACCUCAGCAGAGCACAGAGAACAGUUCAGUCAACACCACAGCUAAGCAAUUCAGCGUAUUUGAUGGCUGCGAAGAAAUGGUAGCCGCAAUCCUCUUCGAUCUAGCAGUGCAGGUUUUCAACGUCUUCCUGGGUCUCCCUGCUAACAUUAUGGUCAUGUUGAUCAUCUAUCAUAACAGGAGGGAGCCCUCCACUUCCGACAUAUUCAUCUUCCUUUUAGCCUUCCUGGAUGCCUACUUUGGCAUCAUGGUGCCCAUAUCUUUCCUAAACCUCUACUACUGGCAAAGCAAGGAAGCUUGGUUGGCAAUCAAGUUUGUUUAUGGAGUGAAAGACACCAGCGGACCUCUAUUCCUCUCUUGCAUCUGCCUGGACCGCUUCAUAGCCGUGCUAUUCCCUAUCACCUUCAGCCGCCUCACGCACAUCAAAUACCGGGCCGGCUGCUCCGUGGUGGUGCUGGUGCUCACCUUUAGCUAUGCCUCCGCUAAGACCAUUGGCGGUAUCCCUCAUUUCGAGCGCAUCUUCACUGCUGAGAUCUUGAUGGUGUUCAGCCUCAUGGUACUGUGCAACCUAGCCAUCCUGCAGGUACUACAGCGCUCCCGGGCCGGCCGUGACGAAAUGCAUCCCAUGAAGAAGAAGGCCUUCAAGAUGGUGCUGUCCAUCCUGGCCAUAAUAAUCUUCAACUACCUGCCACUGGUCGCCAUGUUUCCCUUCCAGGAUAGCUACACGCCUGACGUGUUCCGUUGCUACAUCCAACCCGUAGGCUUUGCCUUUGUAAACAUCAGCAGCAGCAUACAGCCUCUCCUCUACUUGACCCGCCUGGAGAAAGUACCCUAUCUGAGCGAUGCUUGUGCACAGAGGUGCUCCUCCAAAAAGCCUUCUGAACCUACAUCUGCCUAG